CGGGAGGCGGGCGCUGUCCGUGGCCCUGCGGAGCUCCGGGCGGCCCCGGGCUCCGCCGCGCCGCCGAGCGAGCGAGCGAUGGGCAACACGGUGCACAAGACGCUGGCAGACACGAGCCACCAGACCCGCUCGGUGUCCAGCCGGCCCUACUACAGCCUGCCCAACAGCAGCCAUGAGAGACGCUCGGUGCUGGCCAUCACGGAGCCGCCGCGCUUCCACUCGCAGGCCAAGGGCAAGAACGUGCGGCUGGACGCGCACUCGCGCAAGGCCACGCGCAGGAACAGCUUCUGCAACGGCGUCACCUUCACCAACCGGCCCAUCCACCUGUACGAGAAGGUGCGCCUGAAGCUGGUGGCCGUGCACCACGGCUGGAGCGGGGCCCUGCGCUUCGGCUUCACCAUCCACGACCCCUCGCAGAUGAGCUCCGAGGAGAUACCAAAGUACGCCUGCCCCGACCUCGUCACCCGCCCCGGCUACUGGGCCAAGGCUCUGCCGGAGAGGUUUGCGGUCAGGGACAAUAUCUUGGCCUUCUGGGUGGACCGGCACGGGAGAGUCUUCUACAGUAUUAAUGACGAGGAGCCAAUCUUGUUUCACUGUGGUAUUAAAGUUUCCGGGCCUCUUUGGGCCCUCAUAGACGUCUAUGGAAUUACCCACGAAGUGCAAAUCCUAGACAGCAUGUUUGCAGAGACCAUGAGCACUGCCCGGCUCAGCACCGCCCGGCUCAGCACCUGCCUUCCCCAGAGCAACCACGACUCGGCCAACUUCAACAACAACGAGCUCGAGAACAACCAAGUGGUGGCCAAAAUUGCAAACCUAAACCUCAGCCGGGUACCAGGCCUUGGGACUGACAACCACAUCAUCCCCUGCUGCCCCAACCGGCGGCAGCACGCCCAGGGAGUCCCGGCGUUCCUGGACACCGACCUGCGGUUCCACCCCACCCGUGGCCCCGACAUCACCUUCUCCCAGGACAGGAUGGUGGCCUGCACCAACUGGCAGGAGAGCAAUAGGACUUUGGUGUUUUCUGACCGGCCUUUGCACAUCGGGGAGAGCCUCUUUGUGGAAGUAGGACACCUGGGGCUGCCGUACUACGGGGCCCUCUCGUUCGGCAUCACCUCGUGUGAUCCGAGCACUUUACGGACAAACGAGCUCCCGGCGGAUCCAGACUUUCUCCUGGACCGCAAGGAGUACUGGGUGGUGUACCGGGCGUUCCCGGUCCUCAACAGCGGCGACAUCCUCAGCUUCAUGGUCCUGCCCAACGGAGAGGUGCACCACGGGGUCAACGGGGCCAGCCGGGGGAUGCUGAUGUGCGUGGACACCUCACAAUCCCUCUGGGUGUUUUUUACAAUCCACGGUGUGAUCAACCAGCUCAAAAUCCUGGGCACGGUGCAGUCCAGCCCAGUGACGGUGUCUCCCUCAGGAUCCCCCGGUGGCUCCCAGUACGACAGCGACUCGGACAUGGCCUUCAGCGUCAACAGGUCCUCGUCGGCCUCGGAGUCCUCGCUGGUGACUGCCCCCAGCUCCCCUUUGAGCCCCCCCAUCUCUCCUGUCUUCUCCCCUCCGGAGCCAUCGAGCAGCAAGAACGGGGAGUGCACCGUGUGCUUUGACAGCGAGGUGGACACGGUGAUCUACACCUGCGGACACAUGUGCCUCUGCAACACCUGUGGUCUUAAGCUGAAGAAGCAGCUCAACGCCUGCUGCCCCAUCUGCCGACGGGUCAUCAAAGAUGUGAUCAAAAUCUACCGCCCGUAGCGCCCGUCCCGGGCUGCAGGAAGGGGGAACGCCGCUAGCAAACCACGCCUUUCCGUCCCUGCUUAUGGGUUAUCGUGCUGGUCAGUCGUUAUCAAGUGGCUCGUUAUCUGUGUUUCCUUAUUUGACUGGUAGGGCACAAUUCAGGGAGCAAAGCUGAGGAUUGUGUGGGGCCGUGCCGGCCAGGCCAAACCGGGGAAUCGCCGGGACCCGAGGCAGCUGCAGAUGAGAAAUUUCCCGUGCAAAGGCUCUUUUUUCCCUCCUCCCGCUGCGGGGGAGGCUCGCUGUGGUGCGCGUCGGGAUGGGGAAGUUGCCACUUGGGCAAAGCUGGGUGCCACUGGGCUUCCCGACCCUAAAACCCGACAGCUCUGGGCUGCUGCCAGGGGCUUGUGCUGUGGUGGAGCAAAACUGGGACGAGGCCCAGCGGGAGGGUUCAAAGUGGACAGAAUGGAUCUGGAAAUGUCAUGUAAGGAGAACUAGCUCAGGCCAGAUAGUGGCACAGCCAGCUUGUCACUUGUUUGGGUUGUGUCCCCAUGAACUGGCUCGUGGGGACAUGGAGGAGCUGGUCUGGGCUUAGAUAAAGCAGCUUUUUCUUUCUGUGGCAGAACAGAGACUUCUGGCCAUGGAGGCUGAGACCCAGGGAGCUGCCCUGGGGGAGCAGCGAGGAGCACGAGCCCACCCAGAGCCCAGGCAGCCCCUGCAGCGAAUGAAGGAGCUGCAGGGAGCUGUGAGGGGCAGCUCAGGCACGGCCCUGCUGCCUUCUGAAGCCAUAAAUCACAGCCUGUGGACGACAGGGGUGUUUGGGUGGGCACACUGCAGUCCUGGCUCGGGAUGCUGCUGUCUGCAGUGAGGGGAUUUGUCACCUCCAGGCACACACACCCCUGCAUUCUGCUCUGCCCUCCUGGCAGGUGGCACAGCUGCCGUGUCACCCCGUCCUGACUGUCACCAGUCCUUGACCUUCCCCUGCAGCCGGUGCCAUGGCAGGGCUCAGCCUUCCUCCCGCCCCACCACGGGGAUUUUUUGGAGGCUCUGGUGAGAAAUUCAUUUCUGACCCAGUCCCAUCAGGCUCACCCUUUUUUCUGGGGACUCUAUGUGCCGACUUUACCUGUUUUCUCCUGCCUUUCCAGGUUUCCCAGCACAGCUCCCAGCUGCCUGCACGCUGGGUCUCAACUGUAGAUGAGACCUUGUUGAGAAAAACAGGGACUAUCUCACUUGGCUUUACUGAGGAGGAAGGAAAAUGCCCUGAGGCUGUUAUGAGAUGUUGGGAUUUAAAUGGUGAAUGGGUUUAGGGUGUGAUACCAGCUACAGGCAGCAGCUGGAUGAGCUGAGCAGCAUCUGACUGUGCAGCACUAGGGCUGGUGUGAGGAGCUCAGCAUCCUCCUCCCGGCUGCUCCAGCAGGAGCUGCCCUCCAGUCUCCAUCCUCUGCCCUCUGCACAGUCCUUCAGCCUGAGCCUGGCCAGUUUCCAGCUGGUCCAGGCUCCUAAAGAGGGGCGAAAAGGAUGGGAAUGGGAGGAUGAGAGGAGCUGUGUCACUGCAGCUCGGUGACCGUGUGCUCCCAAGUGUGUAAGAACGGCAUUUAGAAAGGUGCAAUUACCACAUUUUAGUCUGGAAAAAGGAAAAAUAGAAUAAUAACUCCUGUACAUGUCAGGGCUUCUGGGCACAGCAGGGCAGCCUGAGGGAUCUGUGGCCAUUCCCCCUCUCCUCCAAGGCGGUGGGUGCACGGUGCUGAAGCCCAGGUGGUGGUUUGGCUGUGCCAGGAGAGCUGGGUUUGGGUCCUGACCUGUCCCAGCCCUGCCGGCCCUGUGCCAGCCCUGUCCCUUGCUGCCAUCGGGGAGGGCACACCCAGGGAGCAGCUCAUCCUCCUCCUGCAGCGGGCUGUGCUCACAGGGCACCCCGAAACCUUUUGUUUUAUCCUUGAGGAGCUGCUGAACAUUUUUAAUGAGAGUAUCAACGAGAGGCUGCUGCGGAGCGAGAUCUCUCAGCCAUGGCCCUGCACGAGGGCCCAACAGCUUUGCAGAGCCCUUUUCGGAGAGCUGGCUCAUGCCACUGGCUGUGCCACCGCCCUCAGCAGAGCCACUGCACCUUUCACGUCCACCUUUGCCACAGGAGGCAGCCAGGGCAGCUUCCCUGCCUCUGGAGCCUUGUCCUGCUUCCUUCCACCCCAGGGACCACAGGGAUUGCAUUCCCAGGGAUCUCCCAGUCCCACGCUGGCAGAUCCAGGUCCAGCUGUGAGCAGUGGGCACAGCACCAAGGGCACAACAGUGCCAGGGUGUGUCAGCACCUGCCUGGGCACAGCCUGCAGCGGGAAGCCUUUCCAUGGGGAGGAAUCCAAGGGAAGCUGUUGGAAUGCCCAGCCUGGAUCAGGUCUGGGCCAGCUCUGGGGUUGCUGUCCCAGCCUCAGGGGUGCCCUCUGCUCACUGCUCACAGUGACAGCAGCGGGGCAGAGCCCCUCUGCUUGGUGCCACCUCAGCGCCUCCAGCAGCAGGGUGGGCGCAGCCUGGGUGGGGUUUGUUUGGUGUAGCUCUGUUUUGUAUUUUUAAGCCAGCAAGGAGAAACACCGAAUCCACUCCAGGAGCUGUUCAGGACACGUUGCAGAGGCUGAAUUUUUGCUGUAGCAGCCAAAACCAGUUUGCAGAAGGGGCAGCACCCAGUGAGGCCAGCAUGGCGAGCGGGAUGGGAGAGCAGUGGACCUGUGGCCCUGCCUAUCCAAAAGCAACAGGAAUUUUCCAAAAUAGGCCUCAAAAAAAAAAAAAAAAUUAAAAAAAGAUUUCCAGGAAAAGGUAGCCUCUUACAGAUUUCAUUGUUAGUAUUCGUAUUGCUAUUUUUUUUAAACAGUCCAAUGAUAUAUGAUUUGUACAGGAGAUCUGUUUGUGCCUUAUAAGGGUGUCUGUGCACUUUUUAUCCUUUUUAAAGCAACUUUUAAAAAGAAAAAAAGAAAAAAAAGAUGGGGGGAGAAAACCAACACAGAUCAAUGGUAGUUUUAUAGAAUUUUGUGUUCACUGAGAAUCCUGCUUUAUAUAUAUAUAUAUAUAUAUGUACACAUAUAUACAUAUAUAUAUAUAUGAGUGAAAAAGUGUUAUUUCCAUGGAUUUUCCCCUCCUCUCCUCCUUGACCUUUGAAAAUUAAAAAAAAAAAAAAAAAAAGGAGAAAAAGGAAGAAAGAAACGAGAUGGGGGAACUCUUUUACCUCUCCCCCUUUCUGAGGCAGUUCCUCCCUUGUCGUUUAUGAUUCAAUACUGUGACCUGUAUUAUCUUGUUGAAGCUGAAUCAGAUUUUGGACCUCUGUAUUAGGCUUUUCAAGCAAAUUUUUGGGGGGCCUGGGGAGGGAGGGCAUCGCACGAGGGAGGGAGCUGCACCUCUACAUGUCAGUGCUCUAUAGUGUUCAGUGCUGUGUGUUUUCCUUUUGUCCAUUUACCUGUUUUCCAUGAAUAUAAUUUGACUUGUUUAUGAAACAAAUAAACCUUUGGCUUGUA